GUAGUAUAAUUCACUCAGAAUUGCAUGUAGGCUUGGUUGGAAGUAGAGCAUAUGUUAUACGACUCAACAUCCAGAGUUUGAGCUUGGAAAGUAUUCCCACGGGCUCGGGUACUUCAUAGAUUCAACAUUAAUAAGCCAAGACACCUAUAAUUGUCAAUGUAAAUCUUCAAAUCCAGAGGAGGAUCCCAUACCCGUUUCUUUUUUAUUUCCAUUAUACGGCUGGAUUUUAGCCAAGGUUUUCCCUCCAUCGCCUGUCAGGGGAAAACCACCUAUGAAUUGAUCAGAAUUUGAAGAGUUCCAGAACUACCAUGAUGAUAUAACAGUGAAUAUGUUUUGAAAUUUAAACGGAUUUGAAGUGAUAAACUAGCGAGCAGGAAUCCAUUAAGAUGACUCUGCAACUCGUAGCAAAAGGCGCCAAGAACUUGCCAAAUCUCGACGUGAUUGGGAAAAUAGAUCCGUAUUUGGUGGCAAACUUCCAGGGUGUAAAACGGGAGACGCAUCACGUGAAAAGUGAUUUAAAUCCGACAUGGGACAAGUCACUGGACUGGGACCUGGGUACAAAACCCCUUGAAAUCGGAGAUUUUAUCGAAAUAGACGUCAAAGAUUGGGAGAGAGUUGGCAGGCAUCGCUUGGUAGGAUGUUGCAAGGUGUCGUUGAAGGACGUCAUUCGAUCGAAAACCAAAGAGACAGAGUGCACAGUUCAGCUCAAGGACUGCUCAGCUAGACUAACGACGGGUGAGAUUGAACUGGUUUUAAAAUACCGGGAUCCGACUGCUGCCCAAGCAGGAACAGGAGGUCAAGACGAAGCUGAUACUGGCUCAAAAGCUCCAGAUGCUUUGCCAGUCAACGUCAACGCUGGAAUGCCCGGAGCCCCGGUUUCGGGACCAGAAGGAGUUGGACUUACGUUUAUGCCUGGCCGCACGAAGAGGGAGGGUCUUUCUGACAAACCACGUGACUUUCAAAUGCGAAUCAAGAUCUGGGAAGCGCGUCAACUUUACGGUGCCAACACCAACCCAGUUUGUAGAGUAACCGUCCUUCAUAGCACCCGGGUAACCAAAGUGAAGAAAUCAACCAACAAACCAUACUGGGAUGAGCUGUUCUUCUUCCAGUUCAACAUCAGCCCUGUGGAAUUGUUUGAUGAAGCCAUACAAUUCCAGGUAUGUUUUUUUUUUUUUUGGGGGGGGGGGGUGGAAAAUCACCAAAAUCUUCACAGUAAAAGUGAUAUGUAGCGCAGUUUUACAGGGUACACAUUUAUUUUGCUAGGAUGCAAAUACCGAUCGCUGGCAAAAUUCAACAUUUUGGGUUUUUUAUGCAUAAAAAAUGUCAAAACUUGCGACUGCGUUUGGAAGUAUCAUCAGCUUUCCCCAAUCAUGCAGAAAAUAUUCACAAGCAAACAAACAAUAAAAAUUGAUGAACACUCGCUUGCAAACACAACUAUUGCCAAAUAAAGACCCUUAUAUUAUGAAUUACGCGAACCUUAUGCAGUACUAUUGUUGGUCAUUUUGCCUCCGACGAAGAUUCUGCUAGGAUCGAAAGCUUAGGCCCCUUUUGACUUUCUAAUUUCAAUUUUGUGUCACAUUUGGGUAUCUAUUCUUGGACAAUUGGUUUAUUGAUUUACCAUUCCCUCCAUAAAGGUGUAAUGAUCCAAUUAGUGCCUGGCUAGACAUCAUAAUAUUGUUUUGAUUAACAGGGUAUCGCCACUCCAGCUUUUAUUUGCUUAUGGUCCAAUAGGCCCAUUGCAGUAUGUCAUCAUUAUUUCGAAAUUGGGUUACUCUAUAUUAAUGCCCGAUUCUACGAGUGAAAUUAUUGCAGUCACGUAAUCACAAAUCAGGAUAAGAAGUUUUCGCCUUCUCAUGAACUUGAUAUAAAAUGGAGAUUUAGAUAUAACAAUCUAUCUAAUGACGCAGAAUCGUCUCUUCCUACGCUCUUCUCAUCAGUAAAGUAGAUCUCCCGCUUAGUAUAUCAGUAAGUUCCGUAUCAGGGAUGAGAAAGCUGAAACUAUUAACAUGUUUAUCAUUGAGAGUAGUCACUUUCGUGUGGCAAGUAUUUUGAUGCCGAC